AUGGUCAAUCUUUAUACAGAUAGAGAGAAUAGGGCUAUCGAGGUCAGCGCGCGUUGUUACGCAGGAGAGCUGGGCGCCGCAAAGCGCUUAAGCUACCAACCACCAGCACCAGAUCCACCAAGACGCCACCAUCCUGCAAGCCAGCCACUACUUGCCACCGAGAGGCUUCUCUGCACUCGACGCUCUUUCAUUCAUCGACGGACAGUCGUGUUCUGUACUUCCCCAAGGAACCCGCCACGUCCAAAAACAUCCGAUGCCAUCGUCAAUCACGUGUGGCAGCUUGGCAGUCGCUCUCAUGCCGACGAAGAGGCCUUCAGGAAAGACUUGAACGGCAAACGAGGCUUCGUCAAGGUCGCAGAAGUCGGAAGGACCUUCAGUAACCCUGUCAGAAGGCAGCCUCUUCAUCGUUUCUAUUUCCGUUCCGCGGUUGGCGUGCUGGGACCCGUUGUUGUCUCCGCCUACUUCAUUCUAAUAUGGCGCCUCUAUCUGGCACCUGCCGAUAUGCAUAGCCCAUUGGCAUUCAUCCCACCCGGCGCAAUCCAUGUUUUCUACAGCUGGUUCAUUGCCGGUAUUGUGGGACUUAAUCUCAGCCUUUUCGGACUCGCUGGAGUAGAAGCGGCUAUAUUGAUGGAGCCUGCAUGGAACGUCGGCGAUGCAAUGCGGUUGACGAUGCACGCGGAUAGGACUUGGUCUGGCCCAGGUGGCUGGCUUAAGAUGCUGAAUUGGGUAGCGCAGAAACCCAAGUUUGGUGUGCAGCGCAAGCUUCCCUAUCGACUAUGGUUCGCACUUGUGAUACCGAGUACACUGAUAUUCAUUGCUUGGCCAUUUUCAGGGCUGUUUCUGGAAACGACGCAAGGAUUCCUGCAUGGUAAACUUGUCGUCGGAUCGAAUGUUACCGGUUUCGCCUACGCAAACUUCAACGAACGAGCCAGCACCGACGUCUUCAUUGGAGCUGGUGUUACAUGGGAGAACGCUUUGGUUGCGCGAGUCCCAGGACAAGGCAUUGUAAAUAUCCAGGAAGGAUUCGAUCGCUCACAGCACGCCUUUCUCAACAAAGUCCCCAAUGCGUUGCCGAAAGAUGCAGGAGUUCCCCGCAUCUUCAUGACUGCGCAAUCAGAAACGCCUCUUGAAGGCAAAGCUUGGGGCUUGUUGUUUCAGUACGAUUAUACUGUCGUCAACAAUCUCGAGGAGAUGAGCAUCUUGAAAGACAGACAGACUGCAUCGAACAACGGCAUAUUGAACGCCACCCAGGGCUUGAAGAGUUAUUACAUACAGGAUGGCCUUUCCAGGGUAAUCAUUCAGAACCAGACGGAUAUACUCCGAGUUCUGUGGGCAGGCAACUUAAAUGCUGUUUUGGAGACGGCCUACCAAGUACGGCCCAACAAGAGUGAAUACCCCGGUAUCGAUCAGGAGAGAGUAUUCGAGAUGCCGCUGUGGCAAAAGGUCUACAAUACGUCGUAUGGAACCGGUCCUGCUCCGCAAUACAACCUCAGCAUUGAUCACAACAUCACUGGACUCUAUGGAGCCUACGAUUACCGGGAUUUUGCGUACAACAUACCUAAGGACAAGACUGAUAGUUACCCGCGCCAGCCAAUGACCGCUAUUGGUGUGCAUUGCACAUCAAGUAGCAGCGUGGGCACGGCAAACAUCAGUGGCGUGCGCUCAACAUAUUCUAACUUUCAACCCACGGAUACACCCAUCAAUAUUCAGCGCAAUCGAUGCGCGAAACGCUUUGGUAACUUCAUUCGAGCCUCGAAAUACUGGGGCACAGAACAGCCAGAACAUUGUCGAAUGGUGGCUGCAGGUGGCGCCCACUUGAACGAAUUCUGCGAGUGGUGCAGCGAAGCACACAAGGUUGACCAACAGGAGACUUUCUCCCACCAGGCUGAAAGAUUGGUCCAACUGCCAGCACAUCGACGCAUGCACUCCUCACAGCAUCAUAAAAGCCUAUGUUCGAUGGCUAACCUGGCUGUGGGCACACGGAAGCCGAUACUCCACAUGGCGUACCGCGACAACUCGAUUGCCGCUGCUUCGCAUCAGAAGAAUCUCAUUUCGGCGGAUAUACCUGGAGAUAUUGUUGAUCUCAAUGAGCGGGAUGCGCCGACAAUCCACCAAGUUCAUUCACCGUAUGUUGACUCCGAAAUUGUCUCUUUAGAUGUAGGAAGUUCGACAACUCGAUUUUUGGUUCACAGCCGGAUGCUAGACAAGAGCGCAGCGCUGUCCGCUUUGGCUUCCAAAGAGCAACCUGUAUCCCUAUCGAAGCUUGACGAGGGACCGGCGCAUACUUUGGUGCACUUCCUGUAUGCAGGCACAUUCGAGGUCAAGUUCCGCUACGCACCUGUUGGCAAAUUUAGGCACUCGACUUGUGUGUACUGUGCGGCCGUGCAGUACCAACUCCCAAGUCUCGCCGAGCUUUCGAAGGACAAGAUCGUCGAAGCCAGUGAAGGUCUACAUAUCUUCGACAUACUUCGAGUGGCUCGAGAUCAAGCCUUCUCUUUGCUUCCCGAGACUGAUGUAUGGUACUCCCAGUACCUCGAAGACGUGAUUCAAAAAGCGAUGGCUCAGGACCCAGGGCCCUUCCGUAAACCGGACUUUAUUACCAGAGUCGAGGGCAAUAGUCGUCUGCUGCAGAUAGUUUGGAAGACAGUCAUGAGUAACUACGCAAUCAUAUCAGCGCCGGCAUCUAUCAAGGAAAUUGGUGCCGAGACGCCGUUAGCUGAUAGCAUGAUCACUGAGAGCGGGGCGUCGACUCAGAGUAACCACCACCAACUACGUUCACCAACGGAGUCGGUUGUGGAUAACCCGCCUACGUCGAGGGCGGCAGAUGAACUGAUCGAACCACAGCCUCUUGAACUGGAUACAGCUGUCGCUCCAAAGCCUGACUUCCGAGCCCAAUACCAACUCAAGAUCGAAGAGAAGACUGCCAAGGUGGCUAUCGACUCCAUCUUCAACGACGAAUUUGAUCUCCCAGCCAUCGAGCCUACUACCGAACAACCUGAGGUUCUCCAAAUUGUCAACAAACAUGCUACAGAGGUCGGAAAGCCUUCACACAUGCGAACUGAUUCAGUAGUGGAGGAAGAUGCAGUAGCGCCUGACAGCAGCUUCGAAACUUCCAAACACGAGGGCAUCAGUGAGGCAAACAAUGUCGCCAACAACGGCAUCGAUACAUCUAAAAAGAGUAAGAAGAAGAAUAAGAAGAAGAACUCGGUUGUUUUCUAG